UUAAUCUCCAUAGAAGAAGAAGAAAGUUCUUCUUUCGAUUGCUUUUGACUGCGCUCAGACUGCGUUGAGUGAACAUGGCGGCUAAUCAAACGUCGAAUCCCUCGCAGCUGCUUCCACUCGAGCUUGUGGAUAAAUGCAUAGGUUCUCGAAUCCAUAUCGUGAUGAAGACUGACAAAGAAAUUGUUGGUACCUUGCUUGGUUUUGAUGACUUUGUCAACAUGGUCCUUGAGGAUGUGACAGAAUUUGAAAUCACCCCAGAGGGACGGAGGAUAACCAAACUGGACCAGAUCCUUCUCAAUGGCAAUAACAUCACCAUGCUGAUUCCUGGAGGAGAAGGACCUGAAGUAUAAUUAAUACUCUGUGCUGCGGAGACACUUUUGUGUUGUAGAUACAUAUGUUGUGCUCUUUAUGAUGGAUUUUGUUGUUUUUGUACUCCAUCUUGAUUUUUUUUCCUCCUUUUUCUGAGGGGUGGGGUAGAAUGCUCCUGAGGAUUUGGUUUAAAGAGUUGUUGUGAGUCAUGAAAAACGAGGACUCCCCUCACACACACACAAUAAAUGGCAAGUGAACACAA